AUGGCUUCACAGGCAAUCGAGUAUAUCUGGAAGAUCGCACGACCGAAGAAUGAAGUCAUUGCUCGGGCGUUGAUGUAUGCCGCUUAUACAACAGCGAUCCAGACGGAUCCACACACAAAGAUAGUCUUGAUUCGAGGCUUCUACAUCAAAGACAAAUCGCAUAUCACAGUGUCUGUGAAGAAUCCACACACGAUCCAAUCAGGAGAACACCAGUCAAGUCAUGGUUACACACCACACUUGAACUCUUUCGAGGUGAAUAUGGUUUCGCCAAGCAGCGUUAUUAAAGGCGAUAUGAUAGGCAACGCGUGGCCGCCUUCAAUGGAAACGAGACCAAAAGACAAAUUUACAGGUCCACCUGCUCUUCUAGGUCCGAAGGUUGAAUUUAUCACUUGGCCUUCUGAGGAAACAGGUGAAUGA